AUGACUCCUUCAGUUGCACCAGUACACUAUAAGGAGACCCCAGUAUUUCUAGACAAUACUCAGGAUGCUUGGACCGCCUUGGAUUCCCAGCUCUUUCCACCUUCACAAUCAUCGGAUGAAGAAAGUGUUUUAGAAAGUGAGAAAGAAGUUGACCAAAAUGUCCUUCCACUACCGAUUGGUUCAUCACUGUCGCCUCGCGUGCCACAUAGCGCAUUGCCUCCAGAUAAGUCUGCGCUCUUGGAUGUUUCACUUAUGCCCGCUCCAAAGUCGAGAUUCCUCACAUCUCGCGCAAAUUCUGGACUAGGACCAAAACAACACAUCCUGACACCAGCGAGACCGUUGCAAGCUACCGAGCAUGUCACACCGAGCUAUAUUCAUGACCUCUCAACAAUCUAUCCUGCCGAGACACCUGUUCGGCGGGUGUCGUUACUUCGAACUUCAAACCAGCCUCUGCCGCAGGACAACUUUUCGUCUCCAAGCGAUGAUAUCCCGUCGCAACUUCCGAGCACAUAUUCGAUCAGUGACAUCAACUCUGAUCCCAUACAUAGUGAUCAGAACGAUCCGCCGACAAGUUCUGCUUGGGGAAGCCUGCCCCGAGGUAGUGUACCUCAGCCUUGGAAUGGCGUCAUCGAGGAAGAAUCACCUCUGAAGGGUGUCAGGUCGCUUGGAAAACGACGUGCUCAAGGAUCGUCGCCCCUGAAACAGACGCAGUCGCUUGAGUCUCCUAGAGCAGAUAUGUCUGCUCACGUCAAGCCAAUCCAAUCUUCUGUUCCAACUGGACAAGACAACAUUUCUUCUGCUUCUCUAGACCGUGCAGUGUUUUCAAAACAACAGCAGCGAGCAAAACCCGUACGACAGGAAUUUACUUCUUCCUUUGAGCUACGAUUUUCCUCGGCCCCGCAAGCUCGAGGGCUCCAUUCAGACAAUGGUGCAGAUGAAUCUGCUUCGGCUUCGGUCAGACAAGAAGAUGUAACCACUCGGGCUGCGCGGUCGUCUUUCGAGAUGAGCUUUUCCUCUGCGCCACAAGCACAAGGAACCCAGUCGGGCGAUGUGGAUGAUUCAGCUAUUCCAACGAUCUUGAGGCGACAAUCUCUUAAUCAACUGAUGCCGACAUCCUUUGACACUAGAUUCUCUUCGAGCCCCGAAGCUCAGGGAACACAGUCUAGUAGCACAAAUGACACGGUCAUUCCCCAAGCGCUACGACAACAUACUCUCGACCAGCUUUUACCCACAUCUUUCGAGUCUCGCUUUUCGUCCAGCCCGGAAGCUCAUGGCACGCCGUUCGUGGAGAAGGAGAGUCCCGACGGGCAACCUCUUGAAGCAUCGUCGUCGCCAAGCUCAAAGAUCGACUUGUUCCAGCCACGUGUUAAUCUACCUCUGACAAAAGCAGUCAUAGAAUCGUCCUCAGUAGUAGGAGAGUUUGUGCGGCGCAGAUCAGAUGUUAUCCAGAGUGCUGGAGCUCUGGCCAAAUCGAGCUCAUUGCAGCCCAUGUCUUCAGGCUUCAGGAUAAGUUCUGCUGUCUUCGAGCGGGAAUCAUCCGAGACCGCGAAUGGGAUAUCGACUCCUAUGUACGACGCUCGUGUCGACAAACGGUCUCUACUUUCGGCACACGUUGCAGAAUCUGAACUCGCGGCUAAGCGACGCAAAAUUACCUCUCUGGCCACCCCAAAGUCAAAACCAAACACCCAAGAAAGAGAAUUUCUCGAUUCUCUGUCUUUACAGAUCCAUCCACCGCCUCCGCCUACUGGGUUGGAGACCUUUAUCACUCACGUCACGCCGCAACUUCAGAGUCAAUUCUGGGACAGUGAAGAAUUGCAAGGAAAGUACAAGCCUUUUCACCAGCGAGACCUCAGACAAAGUGAAAGAGGGUAUUGGCAGAUUGACACGACGUCUUGGAGUUCAAAGGUGCAGAUCAAGUUUUGGAUCUUCUUGCAGUCGAACAUUGGGAGUGGGGUUAGUGGAUGGGGUAUCUGGUGUUUGCGUGAGACCACUCCUACAGACGAGGAUGAAGAUGCGGGAGCCGAAUUGGGUACCGUCAAGGUCUUUUGCUGGGGAGAAGUCGUGGGACACAUUUGGUUGCUCUGCUAUGUCGCCAGUCAGGCUAGGCUGAAGCGCGUGGAAAGUCAGUGGAUUGAUGCGAGUGGAGAGGUUGUGGUCAGGAUUUAG